CCCCGCUUUGGAGGGACAGAGGGGAGGGCGGGAGGAACGCAGAUCAUGUUGGAAAUCCUGCCUUUGUUGAAAAAAUAAAUUAAUAAUUGUAGUAAUAUCACAAAUUCAGCGCGAAUGGAUCGGCGGUGCGUUCGCGUGCGCUGAGAGGCGGUCAGACAGAGUGGUGAUUGCAGACAUGGGUCGCAGCGGUACGGCGCCUUUCGCUCAGCUCCUUGGGGAGUGUUUCCUCUGUCAGUCUUUCAGCGCUGGAAAUGGCGAUGUGAUGCUGAGCGCCGAAGACGCAGCGGAGGCGGAUGCCAGGAAAUAAAGAACUGUAUGAUCACCUGCGCUUUUCUUUGGGUUGGAUUUUCAGUCGCGGCGGACAGUACCAUGGUGAAUUAUCAGAAAUACAUUACUGUAAUGCAGCUGGCUCUGGGGGUGACCGCCUCCAACAAAGAACAUUGUCUUCCGCCCAGGAAGCGAAUGUGGAUACACCCCAGCCCAACCGCCGGCUCCACCACAGCAGCCUCCUCAGCAAGCACCGCUCAGGGCAAGCCAUCACUCCGCCGCAUUAAGGGCCGCAUUCACAGGAGCAAGAGCCUGGACAGCAUCGAUCUCCUGGACUCCAAUAGUGCUGCAAUGGAGGAGACGGUCAUUUGGGAACAGCACACAGUAACACUACACAGGGCACCAGGGUUUGGCUUUGGUAUAGCCAUAUCAGGAGGGCGGGAUAACCCUCAUUUUCAGAGUGGGGAGACUUCAAUUGUCAUCUCUGAUGUGCUGAAAGGAGGCCCAGCAGAAGGCCUACUACAGGAAAAUGACCGAGUUGUUAUGGUCAAUGCUGUCUCCAUGGACAACGUGGAGCAUGCGUAUGCAGUGCAGCAGCUUAGGAAAAGUGGGAAAAUUGCCAAAAUUACAAUCAGACGAAAGAGAAAGGUGCAUGUCCCCAUGGGCCGCCUCGGGGAGAGGGAAACCAUGUCGGAGCAUGAUGAGGAAGAGGACAGCAUUGAUGAAGAGAUAUAUGAGACCCGGAGUGGGCGCAGUGGUGCUUACAGUGGUGUAGGUGGGGCCAUGGGCAGACGUGGUGGUCGAAGCAACGGGCGAAGAGACAGAGAAAGGGAACGCAGUGGCUCAAGGGAGAGAAGUCUCUCUCCUCGUUCAGACCGCCGCUCACACAACCUGCCACCUCGUCCUGCCAAAGUCACACUUGUGAAAUCACGCAAAAAUGAAGCAGAAUAUGGCCUGCGCCUGGCCAGCCACAUCUUUGUCAAGGAUAUUUCCCCCGAGAGCCUGGCAGCCAAGGACGGCAACAUCCAGGAAGGGGAUGUUGUACUGAAGAUUAAUGGCACAGUGACCGAGAACCUCUCCUUGAUUGACGCCAAGAAGCUGAUAGAAAGAUCAAAGGGCAAGCUAAAAAUGGUUGUUCAAAGAGAUGAGAGGGCGACACUGCUGAACAUCCCAGACCUUGAUGACAGCAUUCCUUCAGCCAAUGCCUCUGACAGAGACGACAUUUCAGACAUCCAUUCUCUGGCAUCCGACCAUUCCAACCGAUCACAUGAGAGACAUCGUAGGAGCCGCUCCCGCUCCCCAGACAGACGAUCUGAACCCUCAGAUCACUCCAAACACUCUUCCCAACAAACCAGCAAUGGCAGUCACGGAAGUCGAGAUGAUGAACGACUCUCAAAGCCUGCUUCAACACCAGCGAAGGCCGUGGAGGAUGUGCCUCUGCCAAAACCGAAGGAGUCAGUCAGAGAGGAGAAGCAGCUUCCACCACUACCAGAGCCUAAGCCAGUGUAUGCUCAGCCUGGACAGCCAGAUGUAGACCUCCCAGUCAGUCCUGCUGAUGCCCCUGUGCCAAGUGCUGCCCAUGACGACAGCAUCCUACGGCCAAGCAUGAAGCUGGUGAAGUUCAAGAAGGGGGAGAGUGUGGGGUUACGACUGGCUGGGGGGAAUGAUGUGGGCAUCUUUGUAGCUGGAGUGCUGGAGGAUAGUCCAGCUGCUAAAGAAGGUCUAGAGGAGGGUGACCAAAUUCUCAGGGUAAAUAAUGUAGAUUUUGCAAACAUAAUCAGAGAGGAGGCGGUGCUGUUUCUCCUAGACCUCCCUAAGGGUGAAGAGGUUACCAUUCUUGCCCAGAAGAAGAAAGAUGUGUAUCGGCGGAUUGUGGAGUCAGAUGUUGGUGACUCCUUUUACAUCCGUACACACUUUGAGUACGAGAAGGAAUCUCCGUAUGGAUUAAGCUUUAACAAAGGUGAAGUGUUCCGGGUGGUGGACACCCUCUACAAUGGCAAGUUGGGGUCCUGGUUGGCUAUUCGCAUUGGCAAGAACCACCAGGAGGUGGAAAGAGGCAUUAUUCCUAACAAAAACAGAGCGGAACAGCUUUCUAGUGUGCAGUACACGCUUCCGAAAACAGCAGGAGGAGACAGAGCUGAUUUUUGGAGGUUCCGCGGCCUGCGCAGCUCAAAGAGGAAUCUAAGAAAGAGCAGAGAAGAUCUCUCCUCCCAACCGGUCCAAACAAAGUUCCCAGCAUAUGAAAGAGUUGUACUAAGAGAAGCUGGUUUCUUGAGACCUGUUGUGAUAUUUGGGCCCAUCGCUGAUGUUGCUCGAGAGAAAUUGUCCAGAGAAGAGCCAGAUCUUUUUGAGCUUGCAAAAAGUGAACCUAGAGAUGCAGGAACAGACCAGCGUAGUUCAGGAAUCAUUCGCCUUCACACCAUCAAACAGAUCAUUGACCGAGACAAACAUGCUGUGCUGGACAUCACUCCGAAUGCUGUGGACAGGUUGAACUACGCUCAGUGGUACCCGAUUGUUGUCUUCCUAAAUCCCGACAAUAAGCAGGGAGUGAAGAACAUGAGGACAAGACUGUGUCCAGAGUCCAGAAAGAGUGCCAGGAAGCUGUAUGAGCGAGCUAUCAAACUGAGGAAAAAUAAUCAUCACCUGUUUACCACAACCAUCAACUUGAACAACAUGAAUGAUGGCUGGUACGGGGCUCUGAAAGAGAUAAUCCAGCAACAGCAGAACCAGUUAGUGUGGGUGUCAGAGGGCAAGGCGGAUGGCACUGCCGAGGAUGACUUGGAUAUCCAUGACGACCGUCUGUCCUACCUGUCUGCUCCGGGAAGUGAAUAUUCUAUGUACAGCACAGACAGCCGCCAUACUUCUGACUAUGAGGACACAGACACAGAAGGUGGAGCAUAUACAGACCAGGAAUUGGAUGAGACCUUGAACGACGAAGUGGGCCUGCCGACAGAGCCCGCCAUUACUCGCUCUUCUGAGCCUGUGCGAGAAGACCCACCCGUAAUUCAGGAUGCCCCUGGUUACCCCGGAUACCAUCACCCUGUACAAACUGACCCAGCCAGUCGCAUAGACCCGGCUGGGUUCAAGAUGGCUGCUCCCCAGCAGCAAAAUGAGGCAGCUCUGUCCAUGCCCUCCUUGCCUCCGACGAUGGUAACACCCCCUGCUGUUGAGCAGCCUGUACAGCUAGAGGGUAUGCACCUAGAGGAGCCGCCUGCUGCAGCUGCAGCUCCUCAGGCUGAUUCAGUUAGCAGCCCAAGCCCUGCCCCUGAGCUUACUCAGCCCCCAUCACCACACGAACCCCACUCGUCUGGACCACCUGGUCCAGAACCAAAGAUGUACAAGAAAGAUCUGUACAACAUGGAGGAAUCUGUACGUGUUAACCAUGGCCUGAAGCAGUCUAUGAGCUACACUCACCAGCCACCGUACCAGGACAAGCAGCCAUACCACGAAUACAUCCAUCCGCCUUAUGGAUACGAUGGAGAUGGCGGCUACACAGAACCAAAGCCUCACAACGCUGACUCUCACCUGCACUACGACAACCGUGUGCCUCAUUACAAUGAAGAGUGGCCCCCUUAUGACCAGCAAACCUCACCCCAGCCUGCAGCUUACCAACCAGGCCACCAGCAACCCAUGGGCUACAACCCUCGUUCCCCCUAUGAGGAUGGACCAGGAAGAGACUAUAGCCCCCCUCAGCCACGUUUUGAUGAUGUGCCACCAGUGGGCUAUGAUGGCAGGCCACGUCACAGUAAACCUGGUCCUAUUCGUUAUGAUGAGCCCCCACCUCCACCCCCAGCAGGCUAUGAUGCACGCUCUCCUUACGAGGCAGAACUCCACGGCUUCCCCAUAAACUCACCUCGGUCACCAGAGCCACCAAAGCAAUAUUACGGUGACUCUGGGCUGAGGCCUACCUACAUUCCUGGUCCCCAGAACCGGACAUAUAAACCUGGAAUGCAUGAGCCUAUCAUGAAUGCUGAACCCGCUAUUCCCCCACCUAAACCAGAGAUUCAGCCCUCCCCAGGAGAGACGGUAAACACUGUAGUCUCCAAGUCUCUUCCUCCUCCUCCUCCACCACAGGAAGAUCUUGAAGAGGACCCAGCAAUGAAACCUCAGUCAGUUCUGAACAGAGUGAAGAUGUUUGAGAAUAAGCGUUCUGUUUCUGUGGAUCGAGCGAAGGAAGGAGAGCCAUCAGUAAUUCGACCUGCAGAUAUUCCUAAACCUGUGUGUGCACCUGGCCCUGUUCUGAAAGCAAAUUCCCUUAGUAACCUGGAGAAGGAAAAGUCCUCCUAUAGGGCUCCAGAGCCACAGAAACCUCAUUCAAAACCUCUGGAUGAUGUAGUGCGUUCCAACCACUGCGAUCCAGAUGAAGAUGAAGAAUAUUACAGGAAACAAUUAUCCUACUUUGAUAGACGUAGCUUUGACAGUAAAGCCAUGGGCCAACCCAGCCCUGGCAUUAAUCGGUUUCAUGAUUUGCCCAAACCAGCUCAGCUGUCAUACCCCUACAGCAGAGUGGAGUCUGUAGAGAAAGUGAGCUCAGUGGAGAAAAGAUAUGACCCCCUGCCUCAGAUCAGCCCUUCCUCUCAGUAUGGGCCACCACCAUCUGCCAUUCCACCCAAUAUGCUGCCCAAACUCAGCCCCAGUGAUGCAAACUCCAUCCCUGAUCCACUGAACUCGCCAAAUCCUAAAUCUGAGCUGGUGGCACUCAGACCUGCCAUCAGGGAUGAGUCAACACAAGGAGGAUAUCUACCUCCCAGGAUCAUUCCUGACAAGUCGCCAGUUAAUGGAACUGACAUACCUCCAAAGGCCCUGAGUGCUCCUGCUCCCAUAAACUACAACCGUUAUGUUCCAAAACCCUACACCAGCUCAGCUCGGCCCUUUGAGCGCAAGUUUGACAGCCCCAAGUUCAACCACAACCUGCUGCCUAAUGACACACAGGUAAAGUCGGACCACCUCAGCAAGUCCAGCAUGAUGGGCAACAGCGGUGGAAAGUCUCACCUGUCUCCACAGCCCAUGGACCAUGACAGCGGCCUGGACACCUUCACUCGCACUAUGGACAACAGGCUCAAAUACCAGCACAAUAAUAUAAACGCUAUCCCCAAGGCCAUACCUGUAAGCCCUGGUGCACUGGAUGAUGAUGAUGAAGAUGAAGGUCACACAGUGGUGGCCACAGCCCGGGGGAUCUUCAACUGCAAUGGUGGAGUCCUGAGCUCUAUUGAGACAGGUGUCAGCAUUAUUAUCCCCCAGGGUGCAAUUCCAGAGAGUGUGGAGCAGGAGAUCUACUUCAAGGUGUGCCGGGACAACAGUAUCCUGCCUCCCCUUGACAAGGAGAAAGGAGAAACGCUGCUAAGCCCACUGGUGAUGUGCGGCCCUCAUGGACUCAAGUUCCUGAAGCCGGUGGAGCUGCGAUUACCUCACUGUGCGUCUAUGACCCCUGAUGGUUGGUCUUUUGCUCUAAAAUCCUCCGACUCCUCGUCGGGUGAUCCCAAAACCUGGCAGAACAAAUCUCUCCCUGGAGACCCGAACUACCUGGUGGGUGCAAACUGUGUGUCUGUGCUCAUUGACCACUUCUGAAGAGGGCAACAGCUGGCCUGUUACUGAGUGUGAUCAACAGGGGCCGUGCAGCCCUGCUGUGAUCCCGCCGCUGCGCUCGGGGAUCAACAAAGUGUGAACUCAUAAUCACACAUUUACUGUGCCCCCCCCCCCCCAAAAAAAAAUUAAAGAGGAAUUGAAAGACAAAAAACACAGAAGAAAGAAGUGGGUGGAGUCCAGCAUCCCCAACGCUAGAUCUAUGCAUGUGCUAUGACUCAGGUCCAGAAGCCUGCUACUAUGUUCGACACGUGAAAUCCCAUCGUACACUGCGAGCAGUGAUGCCUUAUCCGCAUAUUAACUUUUAAGUCGUCGGACCCUUUGGUUGUAGCGAUCACUACGGACGAGUUGUCUCUGCAUUUAACGGUGGAUUUUUAGCACACGAGAGUAACCGAGGCUGAAGAAACGGUCUGCUUUUGUUUUAUUGCUAUGCAUAUGAAGUCUGAGGAAACACAAAAAUUAGAAGACGUUUAAAUAGUGGCUGUACAUAUUGCUAGCAUCUGGCCUUGGUUCACUGUAAAUGAACUUUUGUACAUCUUUGUUAUUUUGUAUAAAAGAGAA